UCGAAAGAAGAAGAUUGGCAUCCGGAAGAGCAACAAAUCAUCGAGGAAGAAGACCAUUCUGCUGCUGAAGGUUAUCAGGCGGAUCGAGAGGAUUCUUCGAGGCAAAAUAGUGUGGAGCGCAACGAAGCCGUCGCGCCACCUACUACAGACAUCGCACAGUAUGGUUUCGAUUUCAAGUUUUGGUUAUUUACUAAGAAUAGGUGUAGGGUAAGUUAG